AUGUCACGCGAAGGUGAGGAACCUCUGGCGGGCCGGGACAGCUGGUGUCGGCCGAGCCGAGGCUAUAUGCGGUCGAGUUUGGAGGACUUGGUGUGGCAGACCAGGGCGCCGCUGAUCGGGCUGGGAGCAGAGUUCCCUCCGGACGCACCGCAGGGACUAUCGGUCCAGCAGAUCGGCGACGUGGACACGGUGGAGCUGCGGGCCGACCCUCGUCUGUGGGUGGCGUAUGAGCACGGGUGGCGUGAGCACGCGAGGACUGCACCGGCGAGUCCACCGGCACCGACGGACCAUCGGCCCAUACCGGGGCCAAUCCACCACACACAGCGGACGGUCCGGGAGGCGACAACGGCGAAGCCACAACCGCGACCGGCACGCCAACCACCACCGGCACGCGCAUCACAGAGACCAGCGCUGGCCAGUGCCCUAACACCGGUGCACAGACGUCCCAGCCAGCAACAACGCCGGAAGCCACCGACAGUCCAGCCGCGGCCACAGCCGUCAACUGCCCAACCACGGGCACAGCCGCCAACCGCCCGACCGCAGACACAGCCGCUAACCGCCCGACCACGGACGCAGCCGACGGCUGUCCAACCGCGGGCCCGGCCGCCAAGCGUUCCACCACGGACGCAGCCCCCGAUACAAGAGCGGCAGUCGGAAACCCCGGUGGACACUAUUCCCCGGGGGGAGACCCCGACCGUGGACGAGGAUGCUUGUCAGGCCCCUCCUCCAGCGGUCGUGUCGCACGAAUACCGCGAUCUCACCCGCUAG